GCAAGGGCACAAGGACGGGCAACGAUGGGAGGCUGGACGGAGAUCCUCCCCGUCUCCCUCCUCCUUCUCCUCUCCUCUCUGUUACUCAUUGUCGCACUUAGCGUUGCGGUUUUCCUCUUCGAAUUCCUCCGAAAGAUCGGAUGCAAACACUCUCUUGAAAGGAGUGCUACUUCUGAUGCCUUUUUCGAAGAUCCGAAUUCAUUGAAAAAGGUUCCAUGCCCGUCCAUCUUUGAUCCUGCUGAAAAAUACAUAUCUUUGAUAAUCCCUGCAUUCAAUGAAGAGCAUCGCCUUCCUGGGGCUCUUAUUGAGACUUUAAAUUAUCUCCAACAACGUUCAGCUUCAAAUAAGUCCUUUACUUAUGAGGUUAUUGUAGUUGAUGAUGGGAGUUCUGAUAAGACAUUGAAAGUUGGAUUUGAGUUUGUCCGGAAGUACAAUAUAGAUAAUUUCCGAGUCAUUUGUCUCGGGCAAAAUCAGGGAAAAGGGGAAGCUAUCAGAAAGGGAAUGCUCCAUUCACGCGGUGAACUGCUUCUAAUGCUUGAUGCCGAUGGAGCCACCAAGAUUACAGAUUUGGAAAAGCUUGAAUCACAGAUAUUUGAAUCGGUUGAAAAGUUGAAGAGAUGUAAUGUGUCAUCAGCAACAACUACAAGGUUGAUUGGAAAUUUAUCUGAUUAUGAAGUUGCUGCAUUUGGUUCUCGAGCUCAUCUUGAAAAGCAAGCACUUGCUACACGCAAGUGGUAUCGGAAUUUUCUUAUGAAAGGCUUCCAUCUUGUGGUUCUAUUAACUGCCGGUCCAGGGAUUCGUGACACACAGUGUGGCUUCAAGAUGUUUACAAGGGCAGCUGCUAGAAAACUAUUCACAAAUGUUCGAUUAAAGAGGUGGUGCUUUGAUGUCGAGAUUGUUUACUUAUGCAAGCGGCUAGGCAUCCCGAUGAUUGAGGUGUCUGUCACCUGGUCUGAAAUCCCCGGGUCUAAAGUGCGGCUGACUAGCAUAAUUCACAUGCUUUUCGAGCUUUUGCUGAUUCGAUUAGGUUAUGGGCUUGGUAUAUGGAAAAUUUACUCCUGAAAUUAUGCUUGCUGACCCAUUGAUGGUAGACGCCAAACAAACCACAGGUUUUCUGUCAUUAGCAGUGCCUUUUUAAGUUGUUAGAAGGACCGAAUUUGUAUUUGUUGUUUUCCAAGGAUUAAUUCUUUGUAACCUGAUAAAUUCUCAGGUGGCAAAGUAUGUAGAUAGACAAGCAUGUAGCUUAUUUUCAGUGAUUAGCGAAUGAAGAGCAACAUUUUUCUGUUUCA